AUGGCGUCGCCAUCCAUCGGCUGCCCCUCCUCCUCGACGGCUCUCCCCGCGGGAGCCGGCUUGCGCCGAUCGCCGUCCUCCGUCCACCCGUGGCGCCGCCGCCACCACCAGCAGCAGCAGGCGAGGCGACUGGUGAUGGCGGCAGCGGCGAGGCGGCGGUACAAGGGGACGGUGAGGAGGGAGGCGGCGCUGGCGGAGCUGGUGGAACGGAAGGUGGCGGAGGCGAUGGAGGUGUGCGGGGAGCGCGGGCAGGAUGACGAGGGUGCCGCGUGGCGUGGGACGAGGUGGAGGAGGUGA